GGAGGAACGAGAACCGCCUUCUGAAAUAGCACCGCUGUUUAUUAGAUUAUCGUUGAUCUUGUACAGGAAAUACCAAAAAACUGUCCAAAUCAACGAAGCAUCGUUUGCUCGAGUAUUUUAAGAAACAGAUUUUACGUUAACUGGUACUUCGUAUCGUACGGAGACUACAGGGGAAGAACAUGAUAUAUAUAAAUCUAUUUGUGCAAUUGAAAUAUGAUUCGUAAUUCAACGUGUUUCUCACUUCUCAAGUGUGUACUUCGGUAUCUGGAUAGAAAUAUUGUCAUCUUAUAAAAGCAGUUUCCAAAAAGCGUUUUUAGUAAUUGUCUUGCCAGAUUAUACGUUAUAUGACAAAAGUCACUUUGUUGUUGAAUUAAUUACUUCUAGGAUAAGUGAAAAUGGAAGGUAGCUGUGUCAUUAUGUAUUGCUCUUUAACAUAGAAAAUGAAGAUAGAGGCGAAGAUAGUCGUUUUGGGUUCACAAGGUGUCGGUAAGACAAGCAUGAUCAUGCGUUAUAUUGGGAAAACGUACAACAGUCAGGUGAAUCCUACAAUUGGAGCAUCGUUUUUUAAUUGCAAGUUAAAUAUACAAGAUACAGGAAUAAUGCUACGGGUUUGGGACACAGCAGGACAAGAAAGAUUCAGAUCAAUGGCACCAAUGUACUAUCGAAAUGCUAAUGCAGCUAUGUUGGUAUUUGAUUUAACUCAGUACAAUACGUUUGCAGCAAUGAAACGAUGGGUGACAGAACUUCGAAGAAACGUGGAAGAAACUCUGGUAUUAGUAGUAAUCGGAAACAAAUCGGAUUUAAUAGAAAAGCGGCAAGUCAAUGCGGAGGAGGGUAGACUUUACGCUACGAAAAUUGGUGCAAGCUAUCAUGAAACGUCGGUUCUUCAAGGCGAAGGCAUUGAGAACGUAUUCUUAACCGUUGCUAGAGGUCUCCUUGGAUUAUCUUCAACCGAUCGUAACUCUACACCAAUAAGAGUAUACGAAUCGACAAACUUAGAUCCUAACGAUAUAGACAUAUUAUGUACACCGAUUAUCGAGGAAAGUGCUCAACGCCUUAGUAUCGCUCACGGAAUGCAAGAGAAACCUUAUGCCUGUUGCUAGCCUUCUUCCGAUACCUUAUUUCAAUGAUUUUAUGAAUAUGGAAUGAUAUGUUCUUUGUAAUUAUUUCUCGAUAACGAUUUAAGAUAAGAUCACAACCUUCCUGUUGUGCAUAAAUACGAACACGAAUCAAUGCGCAGAUUCUUAUUUGAUUUAAGAAAAUAUAUGUCAUUUGUACAUUUUUCUAUAACUAUGUCUGUCUUUCUUAUAUAUCUAAUAUUUUUAAUACAUUUUUAAUAAAAAUAAAAAGUAUUUGAUGCUCUUUAUGACACAUUGAGUACUUCUGAUACGAUAUAUGUGAUCAUACUCAUAACGACAUCAAAUGAUUAUGAUAUUUGAAAUGAAAUUAGAAAUGUAAUUAUUUUUUUCUUUGUUCAACGAGUUGUGGGUAUAAAAUUUAUUAAUGUAAUUCAGUACUAAUCAUGGUAACUAGUUAAUGUUCAUAAUGAAACAAAUAAAGGAAUUUUGUGCUCAUAAGCACAGAAUGAUAGUGGUAA